UGUACCGGCUUAGCGUAAAACACGAUUCAGUUUGGAGGCGUGAAUAAAAAUACUUGUAUUUGUUGGCUGGACUGUUGAGAUUAUUCUGAUAUAAUCUGAAGAGGAAGACUCGAUUGCUAAUCUAGAUAGAAUAGAUCUAUAGACUCUUAUAUUAUUAUAGAAUUUUUUUUUUUACAGUUAUAUUCUAGAUAGAUCUAAUAUUGUUCUUCUGAACUACUGUCAGUGUUAGUUCUGUUAGUGUCAGUCAGAUCUACUAAUCUAGCUAGAUAUCUAGAUCUAGAUUCUAGUGUUACUAUCCUAAGUUUUUUAAAUUUUAAGUGUACACAAAAGCUGCACAGGCUGAGGAUCUUACGUCCUACUGUUGAGUCUAGACUCUACUGUGACUAUACUCACAACUCUCUUAGUCUUAGUCUUAAGACUUUAGUAGUUAAAGACUAAACUUUAGUCUUCAAGUUAAAGUAACUUAAAGUACUGACCUUCUAGAAUUCUAGAGAUCCAGUAGUCUGUAGUGGCAGUAGGCAGUACUAACCAGUAACCUAAACUAAGUGUCUAAGUUAAAACUAGGGUAAGAUCUAGAUCUAUUUUAAGUAUAUUUAGAUCUAGAGACUAGAUCUAUACUAUAGAGUCUAUAUCUACUUAUUCUACUAGAUCUAGCUAGCCAACAAUAUAAUAUUAUGACUAUGACUACUAUGACGCGAAGUACUGUUACUACUGUUAGUAUAACAAUUACUACUGUUUUUUUGUUACUCUGUAUUGUACACAAUAAUGAAGCAAAGAAGGAAAAGAAUGAACGAGAUUGUGAAGUUUGCAUUGGCACAAUUGAGAAAUUUAAAAAAGAAAUAUCUGAUGAAUUGUAUGGUAACACAGAGAAACUUGAAGCAGCAUUCAGAAAAUUUUGCAAAAAGUUCCCCAAUGGUGGCAAGGAAAACAGAUUUUGCUACUAUGUUGGUGGUACUGAAGAUGCUGCUACUGGCAUUCUGAGCAACUUGAUCAAACCACUCAGCUACCAUUUACCUGCCAAUAAAAUCUGUGAAAAGUUAAAAGCUAUGGAUGCACAAAUUUGUGAGCUACGCUAUGAUGUGAAGCCAGACUAUACCAAAUUAAACAAGAUGAAAGUAGGAGAACUGAAGAAGAUCUUAUCUAACUGGGGGGAAGAUGCUGCUUGCAAAGGCUGUGCUGAGAAAUCUGACUUUAUCAAGAAAAUCAGAGAAUUAAUGCCCAAGCAUGAGCCAGAAGAAUGGAAAAAAGUUGAAGCAUCAGGAAAAGAAGAUUUAUGAUUCUGGUGUUGCAUGUUAGUGAUGUGUAAUGAAUUGAAUAAAUUAUUGUAUAAAUGCUGAUGAAAGAAAGUGACAAUGUUAUUAGCUAAGUACUGCCAUGAUAAUAUUGGAUUGCUUACUCACUGUAACAGUGAACAAAAUGUUAUACAAGUCCUGUAAGUAUGUUGCCUAAUUUUCACCAUCUAUGAAUGAUGCUAGAGUUACAUGGAAUAGUGUGUGGUGUUAUAUGCUUAUUGUACAGUUAUCCAUUAAUACUUACUUCACCAUUACAUUCAAUCAUUGAGUUGGAGGGAUGGAUACAUAGUAGUAGACACUAAACUUAAGUUUCAAAUGAAUAACAGUUUUAUAACAACUUACAUAGUGAGUGCAGUGACCCAGACUAACUAGCUCAAAUUUAAUGCAUGAAGAGCUGCCAACUUAAAAUGUCAAAAAGUUCAUUUUAUUUUACAUUUACUGUAAUUAGUAUAUCCAAUGUAUUGAAACUUAAGUCUUGAGGUCAUUAGGUCUGUGGUCUAUAGUGGAUUAUAGUUAUCAUUACUAAUUACUACUGUUUAGUUGACUUGUUCACAAAUUCUCUAUUUCCAACUGUGUUUUAGUUAUGUAUUUUAUUAUGCCAUUUUUUUUCCAUGUUGAAUAAGUUAUUAAGUUGUGCUCUUUCUAAUAAUUGAAUCAGUAGUUACCACAGGAUACAAACAGAUACUGGAAUAGAUUAUAUUUGGUUUCUCAUUUAGUCAAGUCUGAAGUAUUGAUCUACCCACUGUUAGAAUUGUUAUCAAAUAUAUUUUGAACACCUAC